CUGAAGACUCACGUUGGGUCACUCAUUCCCACUCCUCUCCUCUCACCCCUUAAAACCUGGGAGUUUUUCUCACUCGACCACGUCUUUUCUUGAACCCCAUCUCCUCAAAGUCCCUCAUUUCCCACACCCUCGAUCAAAAAACCGAUCUUUCUUCCGAAAUCUCAGACAUGCGUUUCGAAGGCAAUCUUGAUCAGGAAUCGGCCACACCGCCGAAGAAGUCCCUUUUCAGGUACAACUCCCCCCUGGUCCAAGUCAGCCUCAUUGGGCUGGUCUGCUUCUGCUGCCCCGGCAUGUACGGCGCCCUCGUCGGCAUGGGGGGUGGCGGCCAGGUGGACCCCACGGCGGUGAACAACGCGAACACUGCCCUCUAUGCCACCUUCGCCAUCUUCGGCAUCCUGGGCGGCGGAAUCUAUAAUGUCCUAGGCCCUCGCUUGACUCUUGCCUCUGGUUGUAGCACGUAUGCUCUCUAUGCAGGCUCUUUUUUGUACUACAAUCACUACCACCACCAGACCUUCGCCAUCAUCGCUGGCGCGAUCCUAGGCAUCGGUGCGGGCUUCCUUUGGGCCGGCCAAGGCGCCAUCAUGACCUCGUACCCACCGCCUGGCCAGAAGGGCACUUAUAUCUCCCUGUUCUGGAGUAUUUUUAGUAUGGGAGGCGUCAUUGGUGGGUUGAUCCCGUUUGUUUUGAAUUACAACAGGACUGAGGCUGGUUCUGUGAAUGAUGCAACCUAUAUUGGAUUCAUGUGUUUUAUGACUGUUGGUACACUUCUUUCCCUCGCUAUCUUGCCGCCAAGCAAGGUGAUUCGCAAUGACGGGACUAGUUGCACUAAGGUGGAGUACUCUAGCGUUUCGACUGAGGCGAUCGAGAUUCUCAAGCUGUUUCUCAACUGGAAGAUGCUCUUGAUUGUCCCAGCUGCUUGGGCUGGCAACUUCUUUUACAGCUACCAGUUUACUAAUGUGAACGGAGCCUUGUUCAAUUUGAGGACUAGAGGGCUGAACAGUGUGUUCUACUGGGUGGCCCAGAUACUGGGGUCGAUCGGAAUCGGUUAUGUGUUGGAUUUCAGCCUUCCGAGUCGGAAGAUGAGGGGUUACAUCGGGAUUGCGAUUGUUGCUUUGCUCGGGACUGCGAUUUGGGGCGGCGGCCUUGCUACUCAGCUAAAGUACUCUCGCCACAACCUGCCCAAGAAGUUGGACUUCAAGGACGCCGGUUCCGAUUAUGCCGGGCCAUUUGUGUUAUAUCUCAGCUAUGGAUUGCUGGACGCAAUGUUCCAGACCUUGGUUUAUUGGUUCAUUGGAUGCUUAGCUGAUGAUUCUGAAACUCUUAGCAGGUACGCUGGAUUCUACAAAGGAGUGCAGAGCGCAGGAGCGGCGGUCUCUUGGCAAAUCGACACACGCAAAGUCCCGUUCCUCUCGGAGCUCAUCGUCAACUGGUCGCUUAUGACGGCGGGCUACCCCUUGCUGCUGGUUCUCGUUAAGUUGGCCGUGAAGGACGAUGAGGAGGGCGAAGACGGAGCUGACAAAGAAGUUGCUUCAUCUUUUGCUCAUUAGGUGAUGAUCCAAAACGUCAUUCCAUCUUGUGAAGAUUCUUUGUUGAUGUCGGGCUUAGCAAGACGACAACCUGAGAAAGAUAAAGCCUCUUGAGGGCACCGUUGUGGACGAAGGCAACGAUGUGGAGGAGCUACCGUCUGCAGCCAACCACCGCCAACUAGAUCUAGCGGCCGGCCAUCACUGUCCUAAUAUGGCCCGAACCCUAAGCACGAUAAUUAGGAUUCUCUAUUCCAUAAAUUGGGGUUUUAAAUUGGGGCAAAUGUGUUUAGCAAUGUCACUUAUGCUUUGUUAGCCAAGUCAAAGCACUGGCGAGUCACAUCGAAUUAAAAAAGUAAUAAAAUUUUAUUAUAUCAGAUUUUCGUAUCCCAAAUCA